AUGAUGGUCAAGUACGAAGAGCUAAGCGCCGUGACGAUAGCCCCGGAACAUGCAGUGCCAUCAUUGCAAGCUAUUCUUGGACUUUUGAGCGGAGCGGUGUAUGAGUUUGUACUUGAGCUGGAAGUCGAGGCUCCUCGAAAACGGAUGGCGCCAAAAGACCGAUGGAAGACCGCUUUCCGCUCAGCAACGGGUCUAUUUGAAUAUACGAGGAUGCCGUUCGGUCUCAAGGGUGCUACCACCGCGCUUCAUCCUAAUAUCAAUGCGUAUUGUGAGGGGCUAGCUGGAUAUACGAUUCUGAAAGCUCCCGACUUCAUCAAACCUUACCACCUAUAUAACGGUGCAUCGGGCUCCGCCUUACGUGCACUGCUGAAACAAAAGAACAAGUCAGUCGAUUUCCGUAGCCAGGUCAUGAUCUUGGCAAAGCAGAACUACUCCAUUAGCGACCCGGAGUUUUUGGCUUUGGUCACGUCUUUGAUAAGAGGUAACAUGUACCCCGUUGCACAAAGAAUGCCCCCCGUACUGAUUACUGAAGUUGAUCUACUAACUCACCUCAUCCGAGCCAAUGCGAGGAUGUAA